CCAAUCGCCGCCGAAAAUUGUGUUUAUUUAUAAUUUUUAGAAAUGCAAAAUCAAACAGAGGAGGAAUCGUUUCAGUCGCAAGCGCUUGAGAUUCAGGAGCCGGAUGAGAACUUUAAUCCCCAGAGGCCGCCACAAACUGGAGAGGAGUAUCUGACGCACAUGCUCUACGAACGCAAACGUUGUCCGGCAGUUGUAACCAAACGUUCCGCCAAAAUCAAAAACAAUGUGGUCAACAACGGAUUUGAGAUGCCAGUCAGCCCACCCCUUCCGCCACACAAGUGCCUGUUGCCCACGCCAGAGUGGAGGGACGCUCAAGUGACCAGCUUUAAGGAGGCACGCACUCGGGUUAUCAGAUUGCGGACGGAACUGCAUGCCCAGAACUACGAGCAGAAUAUUGAGCCACCGCUGACCACAGACGUGGACAAAUGGCUGGUGUUCUGUCAGGAGCAGCAGCCGCUGUUGAGCACAUUGAUCCGUCUAAGCCAAAGCGACUUGGAGCUGCUACUGGAGAUGCUGAGCAAGUGGCUACAACAGCCAGAUGAAUCGCCGGUUCCAACUGAUGAGGCGAGCACCUCCUCCUCCGGGAAGCAUCUCGAUUUAGUGGAGGACUCUUGGAUGGCUCGCUGGCUGUAUGCCACCUUGGUGUGCCUGCAUCUUCCCCUGGAGCCGCAUGUGUUCAGCACACUGCGGUACAUAGGACGCUCUUGUGUGCUGCUGCGCAAUGAGUUGCAGGAACAGGAACUGGAACGAGCAGCGCCUUAUAAUCUUAUUAUUACACUCAUUGUCCUGGUCUUUGCCCAAUCCGAUUUUGCAGUCUAUAUCUAAGUUUAAGUUUAUUUUUAAUAUAUAAGAGCAAAUAUUUG